GUGUAUUCCUCCUUGAUGUAAUGAAUUUACAAAAAUAUUAAAACAAAGCAUUACGUUUAUUGUAAUGCGUUGUAAUAGAAGAGGAACAAAAUCAGUUUGGGUAUGAAAAUUUGGCUUGAUUUUAUUGGAAAUAAUCAACCGUGUAGUGUGAUAUGUGAACGAGCGCUACAACAAAAUCAUCAGGACCUUUUUAUUGUUUUGAUUUUCCAAACAGCUGAGUGUCCAGCGUUGCUGGCUGAGAAGUCUGCAAAUAAAGAAAUUGUUUAUGUAAAAUUUUCAUGACACAAUUCGUAAGUCACUCCUAAGCACAAACCGACAACAAAAUGGCCUGGCGUUCAAAGGGGUUGAAUAAUGCGGAUCUUAUUCGUCAGCUGCAAGAGUACAACAUCAUCAAAUCGGAAGCGGUCGCGCAGGCAAUGGUAGCUACCGAUCGGAAGCAUUACGUACCGGAAAGCCGGGAACCGUAUGUCGAUGCGCCACAACGGAUUGGACACAGUGCUACUAUUAGCGCACCGCAUAUGCACGCCCAUGCGCUUGAACUGUUGCAGCCGUACCUGAAGCCCAACAGUAAGGUGUUGGACGUUGGUUCUGGUUCAGGAUAUUUAACUGCUUGCUUUGCCCGCUUCAUACAUCAAGAUCCGACUGCUACCGGGUACGCUGUCGGUAUUGAGCACCAUCCGCGGCUUGUCGAGCUGGGCCGCAAAAACAUCGGACAGGACGAUCAAUCGUUAAUCGAUACGGGCAAGCUGAUACUCAUCGAAGGUGAUGGUCGACAAGGUUGCAAGGAACAUGCUCCGUACGAUUGCAUUCAUGUGGGAGCAGCGGCACCUGAAACACCGCAAGAGCUAAUCAACCAACUGAAACCGGGUGGCAGGUUGAUAGUACCGGUCGGUCCGGAAGGUAGCACACAGUAUCUGGAGCAGAUCGAUAAAGCGCUUGACGGGCAGAUAACCAACACCAAACUGAUGGGGGUGAUGUACGUGCCGUUGACGGAUCUGCACAAAUGAUGCUGCACUUUCCGACAGCUGUACCACGGUGCGACAAGACUGGUCGUUUUAAUUAUACUUAUUUUUCUCGGUUACACUAUCGUAAAAACCUAUUUAAUACGCUCAGCAGCAUGAUGAUCAUCUUAAUCGAAUAAAUUGUUAAUCGAAAGCAAUGUUA